UAUUGAAGUUGUGCAACUAAGUUGGCAGGGGUUGGAGGGAGGUUGGGGACGGUGAGCUCGGCAGUUUGCGUGGGUGUUGUGUGGAGGAGUACGUUUGGCGCAGGGCACGCCGUCGGUUCAGCAGGGCGUCGCGAGCGACAGAGAGAGAGAGAGACUGAGAGCUGUAUCUCCGACAUGGACAAGUUUAGCGGCGGGACAAGCGACUACAGUGAAGGCACCCCACAACACCGGUGGUGGUUCAAGCGGCUUGCAACAACUUCUAUCAAGACCACCACCCGGAACAAACACCCUCGUGCCUACAGCAGGCUGUGUCACUAAGUAUUUCAACUCGUCAUUUCUCGCUCACGCUGUGUUGGUGCUGGUGGUGCUGGACAACCAGACUGUUCGAGUACUGUGUAGAGGACAAACAAAAAUACGUUCCAGGCUUGUUUCUAAUUAACUAAGUUCAUCUCAGUCAAGUUUGAAGAUUCUUCUCUUCUUUCUUUGUUUCACCCCCCCCAGAAUUGAGACCUCCCCAAUCACGUGUUGCUAGCGAACAAGCGUACAGGUGUGAUGUUCGUCGCGCCAUCUCGCACUUCCUGCAAACUACCCAAGCUCUCGGUGACUUUGCACGUAUCCAUCCGUUUUUCAUCCACUCUAUCUUAUUGUUAAAGCACGCACACUUUUUUCUCUUUAAACUCACGUAUACCAGAGCACUAUUUACUGUAAACUUUGUUCGAGUGACAGAAACGGAAGAAAUGGUGUAUUGUAUUGCCUUCGUUACUUCUCUGAACUUCAACAAGACAGAAUAGUAAGCAAUCUUGGAGGUUAGGGAGGAACUGUGAGUGAGUGUGCAGUGGUUUCGCGUCUGAAUUGUGAAGGGUGUCUCUAUUAGCACUGACGAGUGGACACGAUCCCAUCCCUUCCAAAUUCUAUUAUUUACCCCUUCCAAGAAUUUCCUCUGACUCCUUUCCUUACAAUCCUCUUGUGCUCCGUUAAGAGCCAAGAAAGUAGAGAGAGGUGAGACAAGAUUAGGCUCAUAAAUUUGAGUUUCAAACAAGCGAUGGCCGCUGGAAUUGGUGGCUUCCUAGUACUAGGAGCGGGCAUAACACUGUUACUAGCGCUGCUUAGGUUGAGUGACGGCUCUUUAUUGCUGUCCAGCGCCGUGCAGAGGCCGCCGCGUCUUAAGCUGCUUGGGGGCGGCGGCGACACAGAGCAAGCAUCUGUCCAACAACAUUCCCGCCUUGAGCCUCACCUCACCGAAGAGGAGGAGGAGGACGAGGAAGAGGAAGUAGAAGCCGCCGCCGAGCGCUGGCUGCUGUAUGAGGCCGGAGCCAACGGGAUCGUUGACCUAGAAGGCAUCCCGCCACCACAUCCUCACCACCAGCACAGGCAACACUCCCCUCCCAUUCAGCAUGCAUUUGUGUUCCCUCCGCCUUGGAAUAAACGUGAUCGGCAUCCAUUUAGGCCCUCGGGAUCUGCUGGGGAACCCCCGGGGGACACUCAUCAUGAUACGGCGGAAACAGCUCCGGGCGCUGGGGACGGUGGCGGCGGCGGUGGAGGAGGAGGGGGAGGUCCUCCGGUUCUUCCGAAGGGCCUCGCCAACCAGUUCAUGCUCCGGUCGCCAAGGGGACAUCGAGAGUAUGACGUUCCUCAGAUAGAAUGCCCACCCGCGGAAGACGGUAUGGACAGGUUCGCGUGUCCAACCCCGGACAGGAUGGGGAGGUAUCGCUGUAUAGAAGACCACGUCCUCUGCGACGGUUACAUAGACUGCCCCAAAGGGGAAGAUGAGGACCGACAAGGUUGCAUGUUCUAUAAAACGACGAAAGCCCACUUAGAUGUACUGGCAGAUGCACUACUACGGUGGGCCAGACAGCGCUAACAGAGGACAUCAAUGCCAGAAUGACUGUACCAAGGAUGGAGAGAACAAAAAUACGCGAAACAAAACAGAAUCUCAUACUGUACCUAUUUUUUAUUUCGUCUACUGUUGUACCUCACUUACUCAGUCAUUCCAUCAAAUUAGUCAACCUCAGUCAUUCCAACAAUAGAAAAUAAAAAAACAGAAUUUCUUCUCCAACUUGCUAGCUCGUUCCACAUUGAGAUGGAAAUCAAUGAGAACAGAGCAUUCACAAAAGUAUUAUUCAAGCCUCCAACUAAAAAGAAAAAAAGAAAAAGAGCCCCACAUCAUUUCCUCUGACCCCCUCCUCCCCACAGCGACACUCUAUAUAAUGGGCAACAUGCAUAUUGAUUACAAGGAGAGUGGAGUGCGCCCAAAAUAAGAGGAAAUGGCAUUGUGAUACUGUAUCAAGAGAUGGGUACACGGCCUAUAUAGAAAUAAGCAGAUGCGAAUAAAGAGAACAGGCUAGCUAAGGACUGAAAUACGAAAUUUUAAACUCAGGAGUAGUAGUAAACCGUGAUGUUAUAAUUAUUUUAAGUAAUUCAUUAUAUUUAAUUAAUGUAACAUAUUUUCUGUAGAAUCAUUUUACAGACAUAUGCAUUUGAGAUGGCUACGUAAUUAACAGUAUAUGACUGUAACUCUUAAUGACAAGUGUCUCAAAACUAGGGACUGUACGCCUAUAGCCCAGAAGAACCUUCAGAACUGGUCAGGUUUGGAACACAUUUGUCAUGCAACAUUGAAAAUCGAAGACCUAGAUCAGAUAUGUCCAUUAGGUCCCCCUCUCUGUUACUCACCACAGCAUUUAUAAUGCCACAACCAUCUGUUAUGACUUGCUGUGUCUGAUACUGAAGUCAUUUGGCACUUCAUACAUUCUUCCUCAACAAAAGGCUUAUUAGAAGCUCGUUGACAUUCAUUUAUUUCAACAUGAGAAAUUUGUUGAAAUUAAAAUAAUUCAAACUUACACCAUGGAAAUUAUUGACCAAGUUAGAAAGUGUUUCAGUAGCAGAAUAUGUUUCUUAAUUUUGUCUCCGAAUAACAAUUUUGUUUGGUGCUGAUAUGAACCGACAGGUUUGGAUGCAAGGAUCCGUUGUGGUGGUGCUUUGAUACCAGCACUUCAUCGAGUUCAAAACGGAUUGAGAUACAAUAGGAGGGUGAGUCCAGAGUUUGACGUUUGGCUACCAGACAACGUUGAUUUUAUUUUCAGCCUCCUACCCCGAGCCUCGGCAGGAAGCUGAUCGAUGUCACAUAACUCCUAAGACAGAGAGAAAGUAAAGUACUGGUUCUAAGACUGUAUAUAUGAAAAGUUCAGAGGUAAAUGAAUUAUAGCAAAGAAAAAUUAUUGUUCUGGAAAGUAGUAUAUGAUGGGAUAUCAAUUAUGUUAUAAUGUAGUAAUUUAACCAAUUAGAACACAGCUUAUAUAUAUAAAACUAAACAAAAAUCAACAAAAAAAUGCUUAUAUUUAGAACAAAAAAACGUACUUUUAUCAAUGUUAUAUGUGGUAUUACAUAGCCCUGAUCAAUGUUGUUGAUGUUGUAAUAGUUGCAAUGUGCAAAUAUGAAUAAUAAAUUUAGUAAUAAUUUUAAUAGGAAUGAAAUAAUUGUAGAAUACUCACACCCAUCAUAUUACUAUAGUAAAGGUGUAUAUGGUCACAGAUUGGAGCAAUUCUUAAUCAGUAAUAUGUCAAAUUAUCUGUAUUUGUGUCAAUGUGUCUGUAGAUGAAAGGCUCCACUGUGAAACUUGAUGCUAGGAAUGUGAACGACUUGAUGACAUUGUUUCAUAGAGAGCACUGAUUUCUGGAUAUGCAGGACAGACAACUGACGAGUGGGUCAUGGUGUGCAGCACCAGAGGCUGGACUCUGUUGUCCAUGUGGUCACAUUGGACAUGUCACAAAGGAAAGAGGCAGAAAUUCUGUGAAGAGCUUCGGGCGAUGACAUGUAUUAUCAUCCUGAGCCCCCGAACCGCUCUUCACAGAUUCCCUAUUUAUAAACAGAUUUAAACCAGAGGAUAUAUUCAUAUUUCUUGUAUAGUAUUGUUAGAAACAAUAAGAAUUGCUAUAUUCAGACAUUUUCUAAGGGACAUUCCCAUGCUCCACUGGACGCUCUGUUCAUUAAAUUGCACACCAUGAUCUGACAUUCGUAGUUGCAUUGGUUGGUUGAAAUUGUUGGAGAGUAAUAACUUGAGAAGGGCUUAGGAAAUGUUGUUUGACAAUUAGAUCUAAAGAAUAUGAUAAAAAUAUGCAGCUUGUUACGUAACCAUCUCAACUGACUUUAAAGUAGCUAUUACUGGGACACAGAUAUUUUUCAUGGAAAUACAAAGAGUAUUUUCAAAUUUCCUAGACAUCAAUAUGCUUAGAUAAAAUGCUGAUUUAAGAGCAACUAAUUAAUUUUCAUUAUAUUAUACUAAAUUCUAAAAUGGUUUAUUUUUAUUUUUAUUUUGUAAUGUUCAUCUCUGCAUUAUCAAAUAUUUUAGAUCUCUUAAACCAUAAGACAUCUCUCAUUCCUGCAGUGUUCAUGAGAGUGGUAAACAUGGCAAAUAUCUGAUAUGUACAACGUAUCAGUUCAUUUUAUAUACGUCCGUAAUAAUACUGAGUGUUGAAUUUAUAUUCAGGAUCCUGAAGACAUAAUUGCUUUUAGAGGAAAAGCAAUAAAUGAUAAUCAUUAAAAUUUCGUGUCUCAAAGUCCUACUUCUGAGCUAACAUGAAACAAUAGAAUUACACACUAGCAAAGUAAAUACACGUAUAUAAAAUCGGGUGCAGUUGUGUUUCUACAAGUAUAUAUUUUUUCCACAGCUUGCUACUUGAUGAUUCAAAAGAGAUAAUUUCCUUAUUAAUUUGGAAGUCUUGAAAGACAUUUGUUCACUAAUUAUUUUCCAUAAAUUAGCAUAUUUUCUAUAAAAGUGUAUGAAAAUAUAUCAUGUAAAGCCUAUUGAUGAAGAUAGGAAUUAUAGCAAAUUGGUGGCCUAUUGUGAAAUGUAUUUAAUGAUAACCAAAAUAAUGAAUAGAUGCUGGUUCACAGUUAGAGGGAAGUUACAUUAAUUUGAUUCUGUGGUAUAAUGACUAUUGUUAAGCAUAACUUUUUUAUUUUGGGAGAAAAUUAAUGUAAAUUGGUUAAGUAUCAAAAAAAAGUGCUUAUGAGCCAUAAAUUGAAAUCAGAGAUGGGAAGAGAAAAUGUGUGAUUUUCUCACAUAUUUGUAUCUCCCAUUAUAGGAAAUCCUGAUUUGAUCUCCAGAACUCUCACGUAAAUUCCAAUAAAAACAGCUCUAAAUUAACCACAGAAAUGUAAUUAUAGGCCACAGUCACCUCACAAGACACCAUUCUCCCUUGUAAAAUUAAAUAUUAUCAACACUUUGAAUAAUUCAGUUUCAUUUCACAUGUGGAAUUGUGUUUAACUUAAGGGAUACCUGCCAGGGUUUUAUGGCCAAGAUAUAGGUGGUCUGUUGAGCUAAGAUCAUAGGUGUUAUUCUCUAGUAAUAAUUAAUAAAAAAACAACAUGACAUCUUCCUGUAGCUUGUAUGUUGCAGGCUUUUACUUCCUUCUAAAUUCUGAAUCAGCCUAUAUGUCAUUGCUGUGGAACUGAGGCAUAGAGUUUGGAGUUCAUUCUACUAAAAUAUUGGAGUUGAAGUAUUUGUGAUGAUGAAUAACUUAAACAGGAAUGUUUGGAGAAAGUCACGUUCUUAUAUUAACUGAGAUUGUGAGGCUGCUUUCACACAUUCUGAUAUUAUCAGAACUAAUAUUGGAUGCACUUAAACCCAUAUCUGUAAAUUGUCUCUUUCACCCAGUCACCAGUCAAAAAAUUGUUCCGUUGUACUGUCUUCAAUAUGAUUGCUUGAGGUUUUUGAAGGAACAUGCUGUUUCACACUUAAGAAUAUGAGAGGGAGGCAGAAUGUUCCUUUUAAACAUCAGUAAACUUAUACCACACUACACGGCAUUAAAUCAUAGAAGAGAGUAUGCUUCAUUUUUAAAUAGUCUGCAUUUUUAGUUGACACCCUAGCACAUUCUAACAAGACUGAAAAUCUAUAUAGCACCUGCUUAAUAAGUGCUUUCAGCAGAAAAAUUUUAAAUGAAGCUGUUGAGACUAUGAUGAACUUUUCGCUUGUAACAAAAAAAGUUCAAUUCACAAUUAAUUGAUGAUACUCAAACUGCAAGAAUAUAUAGACAUACUGAAUAAAUAAAUGAUAAGCAUUAAGACUUCAAUGUUACUUCAUAUAUAUAUACUUCUUUAAUCUACAUCUUGUGCUUUGAGGCCCUGUAAUAAUACAGUAAAACUAAUCUGAUUUAAUGCAGUUUGAAGUAAAAAAGACACUGUUGUAUUUGUUUUCUUUCCUUAUUGUGAUCAUGUUCUAGAGACUGACUGAAUAACUGCUGAAUAUGGAUAUUUGAAAAUAUACUCCUGACAUAUGUUUUAUUUUAUUAUCUCAAAUUUCUGAAGGUAGAAAUAAAGGUAAAGUUUCCCCUCUGCUUAAUUCUUUAAGAACAAUGUCUUGAAGACAUAUAGGGGAAUGGAGGUACAGUUCUACCCUUCUUGACCUUGGCAGUAGAUAAAGUUGAACAUCCACCUUCACACCCUGGUAGCAUUACCCCCAGAAAAAGUGCCUUCCCAGUACCCAUUGGAUAAGAGUCUGGGUGGGCUCUAGAACCGGUCUGGAUACUAUGGGGUUAGAGAAAAAUAUCUUGCCCCUGUCAGGAAUUGAAAUCCAGCUGUUCAGCCCACAGCCUAUCACUAUACCAAUGCACAGAAAUGUCUGUAAUCUUCACUUAAAAUCAUGGUUAGAUACAUCGGCCUAAAUGGAAAUUGAAUUAGUUUCUGAGUUGUUUUUAUUGCCCACUGUCAAAUUUUGUGAAAAUCUGCCCAUCAGUUCUUGAAUUGUUCCAUGCAUGUGAGUGACCAGCAGACUGAGCAAACUUAAUAGACUGUUUGUAACACUACAAAAGCUUCUAAAAAAUUGGGUCAUUGUUUAAACUGUUUUGAAACCAUGAUAUUGUAAAUAACUUUUUUUAUCAGUAAUCUGUCAGACGACAGGUCCACAGUCUCUCCCAAAACAGUUUCUCCACUUAAUGCGAUCUA